AUGUGGACGACACCUCUUAUUCUCCUUCUUCUUUCAUUCUACGGAAUUUCUUCUGAAGUCAUCCCGGAUGACCCUGGAUUCAUCGAUCACCUCUUCAAUGGAAUUAUUCCACCGAGAGCUCAUUUUCACGGAUUCCUCGCCCAGGAUAACAAUCGAGAAGUCGUUGAGAAGUUCCUUGCCCGUGUGACUCGUUCAAUCGAAUCCAAAGAUGCAUCAAUCAUUGGUGGACUAUUCCAACCUGGAUUCAUCUUCAAAGGAUGCAAGGGAACAUACAACAAGCAACAAGUCAUCGGAAUGAUCAGUCAGAUUCCAGCUGGCACCAAUUUCCAUUUCGUCUUGAAGACAGUCGAGGAUGACGGAGACUCCAUCAAGUACUCUGUAUCUGUAUCCGGAUUCGGGCCAUCUCCAUUAGAUGCUGAGUUCACUUUGAACAAGGUCGACCAACAAUUGCAUUGCGGAAGAAUUCCAGCCUGCCAGAAGACCCACUUCCACGGAUUCAUUGCUCACGACACCAUUGGAAACAUUCCACCGAGGGCUCAUUUCCACGGAAACUCGUUUGUUGGAGCCCAACCAGAAGACCCGAACUCGAUCAUGUCCAAAUUCAUCGAACAAAUGAGACAAGUGAUUGACGAUCGUAAUGCUACUGAACUGGCCAAACUCUUCGACGAUAAUUUCCGUUUCCAAGGCUGUCCUGAAGUAUACAGCAAAGCUGACGUCAUCGAGAAGUUUGCUACGAUUCCUUCGUUCCUGCCCGUCGGACUUAAUCUGAAAACAGCUGUAUGGAACAACCAGGGACAAAUCAUCUUCACCGUCACAAUCACUGUUUUUUCACAACCCGACACUGACUACGAGUUUGUAUUCUGCCCAUACAGAAACGUUUUGAAGUCUGGACGUCGUCCAAGUUGCGAAUCUGAAAGAUCCGGGGAACGUUCGCCGCAUCUCAUCAUUGGAAGAUCAAGCGGAGGUGAUCCACUGAGUUCAGAUUACAUCGUGCAAGAACUCUUGGACGGCAUGAAACGAACCAUUCGCUCCCGUGAUCCUAAAAAGAUCGGAGAGUAUUUUGAUGAUACAUUCACCUUCAAGGGAUGUCAAGGAACAUACACAAAAGAUGACACCGUCAAGAAGAUCACCUCAAUCCCUCCCGAGUACAACCUGGAAUUCAAACUGAAGUCUUCUAAAUUCAACUCCCAAGGACAAAUCGAGUACACCGUCUCCGUUUCCCUUCCUUCGAAAGACCCAAUCGAUGCUGAAUUCGUCUAUUGUCACUUCAAGCAUGUGUUGAAAUCCGGCGGAAUUUCCGCCUGUCCAGCUAGAAGAUUCGCUGAUUUCUAUUGA